GCUGCUUUUGCUGCAUGCUGCUGAUUAGCUCGUAGAAACAGCGGACAUAUACAACUUAGGGAUUCCUUUUGCAUUCACAAUUGUGCAGGACUGACUGUUUCUUUCUCAGUUGUGAAAUGUCCUUUUCAAAAUGAGGAGUAUCAUUUGCAAUAGCACCCAGUGGACUGACAAUACAAUGUUGACUUUGGUGAGCAAGAAACCUCACUGUUGCUGUCGUGCAUAGUUUUUCGGGUGUGGAGAGGCAGUGGAUUUUUUACUGUACAGUCUGCUUCAACUGCAGAAGAAUGUCUGUUGAAAAGCGUGCACUCCUCGAGCAAAAGCAGCGACGUAAACGUCAAGAGCCGUUAAUGGUACAGCCCAAUCCUGAGGCAAAGCCCCGGCGUUCCAAGCCUAAGAGAAAUGAAGAGCAGGCUCCACUUGUCGAGUCCAGACAUAGUAUCACCAGUGAUGUCAUUCUUGAUGGUAUUGAUGGUCCUGCGGCAUUCAUGGUGCCAGAGCCAACAGACCUCAAUAACAAAGUUCAGAUGCUCUCAGUGAGUGAGUCCCCACCAGCUGAGGAUUUGGAACGUGAUGGUGACAAGGAGACACUACUUGAACACUCAUCUAAGCUAGAUAUCCAAGAGGUUUUACAGAAACGAGCUGAAAAACACCAGGAGAAGGUGCUCCAGCCAGCUGAUGACACUGCAGAAAAAGGGUCCAUAGAUGAGGUACCUGUGGGGCCACAGGCCCCCUUGUCUGCCCGAGAGAAAUUGAUACAAUCAGGAAUAUCUGGAAGCUUGAACUUCGAUGAAGACAACAGUGAAGAUGAGGGAGAGAGUGCCAGAUCUCUCUCUCCUCAUGCAGAAAUCCAGCGACCAGCAUCUGCUUCAAGUACUAAAUCUAACACGGAAAAAGCAGCAUCUGGUUCCCCUCAAUUGGAUGGACCAACUAUUGAUGUUGAGAAUCUAGAAGAGUUUGCUCUAAGGCCAGCUCCCCGUGGUAUUACUGUGAAGUGUCGUAUUACAAGAGACAAGAAAGGCAUGGACCGAGGAUUAUAUCCUACUUAUUUUAUGCAUUUGGAGAAGGAUGAUGGUAGAAAGGUGUUUCUACUUGCUGGCAGGAAGAGGAAGAAGAGUAAAACAUCUAAUUAUUUAAUAUCUAUAGAUCCUACAGAUCUCUCCAGGGAAGGAGACAGUUUUGUAGGCAAGCUGAGGUCUAAUCUGAUGGGAACAAAGUUUACUGUGUAUGACAAUGGAUCAAAUCCAAACAAACCACAGACUGUUCUUGAGGAGGGCAACACACGGCAAGAGCUUGCUGCCAUAUGCUAUGAAACCAAUGUCUUGGGUUUCAAGGGACCACGAAAGAUGACAGUGGUAAUUCCUGGGAUGAGCAUUAAUCAUGAAAGGGUUCCUUUCCGACCCAGGAAUGAUCACGAGAGCUUGUUAACUAAGUGGCAGAAUCAUUCUCUGGAAAACCUGAUUGAGCUGCACAACAAGGCCCCAGUAUGGAAUGAUGACACUCAAUCAUAUGUACUCAACUUCCAUGGCAGGGUAACGCAAGCUUCAGUGAAAAACUUCCAGAUUGUUCAUGAAAAUGACCCUGACUACAUUGUAAUGCAGUUUGGCAGAGUGGCAGAGGAUGUCUUCACGCUAGACUAUAAUUACCCUAUGUGCGCCUUGCAGGCCUUCGCCAUUGGACUAUCCAGCUUUGAUAGCAAGUUGGCUUGCGAGUGACGGGGGCAGGAUCCCCCUCGAAGCAAAAAAAAGACUUCAGUAACAACAACCUAUCUUGUGCUAGGUUAUUGUUUGAUUUUUAUCUACAAGGAAAUGUUAUUUAUUUUGCAGCAGUGCAUUUUGUUACAAUCGUGAACUAGUUAUAUGAAAUCAUUUUUAGAAAAACAAAAAUUUACAUACACUAAGAAGAGACAUUUGAUGAUAACUGUAAAUCAUGCAGCCUAUAUCAAGCAUUUUUUACUAAAUAAAAUCCAUGUAUUGUUUAUAUGCUUUUCAUUUUUGGUCACCUAGAAACUGUGUUUCAGUGCUCAUGUUUAGUUUGUUUAGAUUGUUUCUCAGUCCUGCCAAUAUCAGCGUCAAGGCAGGGGGAGAGAAAGGCUUGCCCAUGAAUGUAUAUAUUUUAUUAGCCAACAGCAGAGCUAACACUACAAGUACGUCUAGCUCCUUAUGGAGUAUUGCAUUUGCAAUACUGCAAUUAUUAGUUUAACUUGAAAUGUGUCUAUAAUAAGUCCAAAUGUUCGACGUACAGCCUAUUCUCAUUUAUGGUUUAAUUAUGUGAUUAUUCUGCCUCAUUUCUUGUGAAGCUGUUUAAAAGUCACUGCUAAUGCUUGCACCUCAGUGGUAAAUGCAACAUAUUAACACAUUUUAAAAGACACUUUAUUUGUAAAAUCAAACCUAAAUAAAAAUUUGAUAAAUCAUUACCAAAAAACAUUUUUAUCGAUCCAAAAUGGUGCUUCACUUUGUCCUGUUUAAAUUGGACUAUACAUUUUAAAUGUUUUUCUUUCUUUAACGUCAGUGCUUUCUGUGUCAUGAGAGAAGUGAGGUAUUUAUUCUAUUUUCUUAAAAUUAAAACACUAUUAUGCUCUCAGUUUUCUGCCUGUUUUGUGUAAUUCAAGCCCAAGGUCCACCUUGAAAGCUUGUUAAUCUGUUUAAUGUUUUGCUUUUUUUUCCCUUCUAUAAAAGUAUUUUGAGAUUAUUGUGUGCAUUCAUUGAUUGGGGUGACAAAUCACCUUUUUUAUUUAUUUCCCUAAAGUAUAAUUUAAUAUGAUGUUGAAUGACUAAUUAUAUUUUAACAUCUGCUCCCUGUACAGUAUAUCUAAAAGUAGGUGAAAGCUGUGUACAUUUAAUUACUGCAAUUUGUAAUUUUAAUUAGAAUUCUCAAAUACUGUAAGUAACACAAUCUGGCGCGUACUAAGGUCUUUAAACACAUCUGUUUUUCUGGUUUAUUUAACCAUUGCCUCUCAGCCUGUUUUUACAUUUUAGUACAUCUAGCACAUGGUUUGCACUGACAAAUAUACAACUAUUUCAACAAGAUUGUUUAUUUUAUAAAGAACUUUUUUCAAAGUGAACACCUUUUGAAUAUACAUACACAAGUAUGUAUAUUGUAUAUAUGGUGCAUUACAAAAUUGUUCAGACUCUUGAGUAAUUUUACGUUAGGAAAAAAAUCUUAAGAAAUAAAAAAAGGAAAAAUGCUGUGUCCAUAAGUAUUUAAUACCUGUGCCCAGCAUUCAAAUCUUUAAGUCUUUUUGGUUAAGUACUGUAAGUAGUAGCUUUGCACACUUCCAGGUUGUUCAGGUCCUGUGAAUUCGCAGUUUUCAAACAGUUCCACAGAUUCUCCGUUUGAUUGACAAUCAGAGCUUUGACUGAGCCAUGUUUAAGACAUUUGCCUUUUCUCCUUGAGCCAUUCCAAGUCUAUUUUGUCCUUGUCAUUUCGGAUCAUUGUUCUCCUGAACUGUUGCCCAAGCAUUUUUUUUUAAUGUUGUGACAGCAGAUGGCGCUAUUCCAGCGCUUAACCCGACAUUGAGGGAUGCAGGAGGCACACUUAUAAAAACACAAAUGUUUUUUAUUUGUUCUUUGCUCGUGUGGAACGUCUUCCCCAUCCCCAUGAGCACACAACACUGUCCCCAAAGCAUUCUACAAUUCUUACUCCUCUUCUCUCUAUCUCCACCAUUCCUGUCCGGCAAGCUUUGUCCACUACCACCCAACUCUGGCUCCCGGAGUACUGUCUGCUGGUCCCUUAUAUAGGUCACCCGGAAGUGCUCCAGGUGCUCGUUGAGCUACUUCCGGCAGCAUUUCCGGGUGUGGUGGAAGAACUGGCCACACGUGCUCAGGAAUAAUUGCAGCACACCCUGGCAGCUCCCCUGGAAUUCCAAUUCUCAUGAAGCCCUGCGGGAGUCCGAAGUACCGCUGCUGUCCAGCAUUCCAGGGGAGGUGUGCUCUGUCCACAUUUGCUCCCCUGGUCCUUCCAAGGCUUAGUCAGCCCCAGCCAUCCAUGUAAAUGUAUAGGGUCAUUUUUCAGUAUUUAUAUGUAUUUUACACAAUUUAUUUUUCCUGCUUUAGGCAGCUCAUCCGAAAUGUUUCCACCACCGUACUUUACCAUAGGUUUUUUUGUUUUCUUAUAUGUGGGCAAAUACUACAUUGCCAAAUAUCUCUUUGAACUUUAGCAAAAUAGGCUCUAUUUUGUUUCAUCUGACCACAAAAAAUUUUCCCCUAUCACAACUGAGUCUCACGAUUUUUCUUUGUUUUUUUUUUUAAAAGCGCUGAACAUGCUUUCAGGUGUUUUUUAGCACCCAGGUUGACAAUAGUUUGUUCCCUUUUCCUAAUUUCUGGAUUUAUAUUUUAUCUUUUAUCUUUUUUGGAUAGUUCUUUAGUCUUCAUCCUCACAGCUGGUAUGCAGAAUUACAACCUGAAUAAAGAUGCCUUAACUGUGGUGUUUAUAUCCAGAAAAUGUCAGUUAUUUAGAUGAUUUAUUUGUUUGGCAACCAUUUGUCACCUGUGUCAAGUCAGUUUUCACAAUUUAGGCAUUAAAUAUUUAUGCAACCCAGGGCGUUUCCUUUUUUCAUUCUUAAGAUUUUUGUCUAACACAAAACAAUUUAAUAUGAAAUGGUAAUUUUGAGUUUUGUUGCUUUUCAAUAAAAAUCUCAAAGAAAAACAACAUUUCUGUAUACAAUGUGUAAUUAAUUCACUAAAAUGAGAGAAUCGACCAAGAGUCUAAAUACUUGUGUAAAGUUUAUAAACUUCUGCAGUAAGAGCACUUGAUUGAGUGACUUUAUCAAACAAGUGGUCAGGUUUGAGUAGCUACAUUUCAUCUGUAAUAAAAUAUAUUUUAUCGGGGUGGCUGAUUGUGUUCAAAAUUUAAUAACUAUAAGAUCUUUUAGUCACUGAAACAUUGCAUAUAACCUUUCAUUACAAACUGCACCACAAGAUACUUGCUUCCAGUACUUUUGUUUUUCUUUUUUUUCUUAAUUUAAUAAUGUCCUGACUGCAAUGUGGAGAAUUAAAGGACAGAAAGGAACUAAGACUAGACUAGACUCUACAGCAAUGUACAUUUUGUGUAACAUGAUGAUUAUUACACAGAAAGAACUGAUUAUUACUUAAUAGCUGUAUUUACAGCUUCACUUGUGCUGUGAUAUUCACUUUAUUUCCAUUUAUAUUAUUUAAAUUGCUGUUCUCGUAAUAAUGUUGCAAAAAACUUGGACAGCAUUAGUUCCUAAUUUUAAUACCAAUUAAGUUAAGACAAUAUAUUGGAUGGCAUUGCCACUUUUGCCAUUCACGCCCCACUCCUUUUUGCAGAAAUAUAUACGCUAGUGUACAGGGUGAUUUGUCCAGGGUGCUAGUGCCUUAUGUUUGUGUCUGUAGCUCCACAGAAACUCCAUUUACUUGUAAAUAAUAUCUCAAAUUGCGGUCUAGUCUGCUUAAGUAUAUACCCAAAAAAUCCCAAACAAACAGUAUACGCUAUAAAACUGUAGUGCAGGGUGAGUCAAAAAGAAGUACCACAUUUCAAACAUUUAUUCUACAAAAAUGCUACAAGAAUAAAUUACGACAUAAGAAAGGGUAUACAAGAUAGAUUUUUUUUCACUGUGUUUUAAAAAUGAUGUCUUCAAGGUAGUGGCCAUCAUUAGCGAUACACUCUUCAAGACGAUUUCUGAACUCUCGCAUGACUUGUUUGGCCAUUUCAAGGGGAAUAGCAGUAAUUUCAUGGCAAAUAGCGUCCUUGAGGGCUUCUGGGUUUUGAGGCCGGUGUGUAUAUACCUUUGACUUGAGAUAGCUCCACAAGAAUAAAUCUCACUGUGCAAGAUCCAGUGAACGUGAAGGCCACCUGACAUUGCCGUGCAGGGAGAUCAGCUUCCCCAGGAACAUCUCCUACAAAACUUGCAUGGAUCUCCACGCCAUAUGAGCUGUUGCUCCAGCCUAUUGAACCCAGGCAUCCACCACAUCUAUUUCUUCCAGUUGGGGCCGCAAAAAGUUCUCUAGCAUUUAGUGUAACGUUCUGAAGUGACGGUGACUGUUGCUCCCCCCUCCUCAAAAAGGUAAGGGCCUACAAUGCCAAAUUCUACAACAGCGCACCAAACUGUAACAUGCACACUUUGCAGGGGUUUCUGAUGAAGUUCACGAGAGUUGGUUUCAGUGCAAUAGCAAAAGUUUUACUUAUUUACUAAACCAUUCAAAUGGAAAUGUGCCUUGUUGCUGCACAUGAUGAUGGCGGUUUGCAGAAUGUUUGCGCACAACUCUCUACUGCUCUCUCAGGCUCUCUCAGUGAGUUCCUGCACUACCAUCAUUUUGUAUGGAUGGAAAUUAAGGUCCUCAUGCAUAUUCCUCUUCAAAGACGUGUUGGAAAUGUCUAAGGCAGAAGCGCGUUUGCGCGCUGAACAUCUAGGAGACUGCAAAAUCGAUGCCCUUACAGCUUGGAUGUUUUCAGGCAUUCGUACAGUCCGAGGACUGCCAGGAGAUUUUUCUGUUCAAUGUUGAACCUGUCUGUCUAAAUUUAGCCACCCACUGAAAAAUUGUUUUCAGAUUUGAGACAUCACUGAUUAGAUGGAAUGCUGAACUGCGUUCGGAAGGCGCAUUGCGUAGUGAUGAUGGAUUUGUUAUUUUUGAAGAAUAGCUUCAACAGCGAAAACAUGGUGCGCACCAGAGGAAGGCAUGUUGCUGACUGACAACUUACAUGGGAUCACCUAUCAAAGGACCCCCACCCCAACCCACUCGGCUGCCUCUACCUUGCCCAAUGUCCUUCAAAAAUGUGGUACUUCAUUUUGGCUCCCCCUGUAUUAUUUAUACACUACUAGCUGAGAAAAACAGGCUUUGUGAAAACAAGAAAUUAAAAUGCACAAUGCUACAAUUUGGUUCCAGAUCAGAAAGAACUGCUCUCUCUCUGUCCUGAAAAUGUUUAAGUUUCAGAUCAACAUGUGUACUUUAACUGUAGCCUUAAUUUCUAAGUUUGCUGUGCACAACCUUAAAAUUCACACAUGCAAUGGCUACUGAUCUCUUUACUUACUUACUCUCGACAUAAUUUUUAAUUAACCUAAAAACCAAGCAUCACUAGGGCCUUUCAUUUGUACGCAAGUAAGAAUAAUAUUGUGCCUUGUCUUAAUUAUUUUUUAAAUUUGAAAUAAAUACUUGAUCUAUUUUCAGAAACAAAAAAUAAAUCUUAUUUUGAUAUUUUUGCUUUCAGCCAGUUAAAGGCAGUAAAAGUAUCAUGGUAAAUGUUUGAUAAAAUAAAAUGUGUUUUGCCCCUUCCAGAUAACUGUAAAAAAUAUUUCUACAUUCCCUGACAGAAUGUGCACUCUGAAUUCUACAAGAUAAAUUUGAAUGUUUGUGUGCUCUGUAUUAAAGAAAUUUUUUAAAAGGGUCAAAUUACAAAAUGUAUUUUGCCAAUAACAAUGGUAUAUUUGCAGUAUUUUUUGUUUGUUUGUUUUUAACCCGGUCACUGAUUUUUAGGUAUCAGUUGUAAGUAGGUUGAAUAGAAUGAAUAAAAGAUCAUGGACAUCAGUUUGUGAAGCUUGUGGUGUCAUUGUAAUGGGAAGGCAGAAUUCAGUGUACAGUAAAUCAUAAAAAACUGGAUUUUUUUUUCUUUUAUGUUAGAUAUGGUAUAUUUACAUCAUGUUAAUUAAUACUCCUGUAUAGACAUUAUGAAAGUAGAAACCAGUAAAUGAUGAUGAAUUAAAAUGCAUUUAUUGGAUACUGUUUAAAUAUGUACUUUUAAUUCAUGACUCAUUGGUUUGAGUCUACAGUUACUCCUUCUUAGGAAUAAAACCAAAAAAAAAUUUUUACAUUGUUUUAUUUGUAUAGAUCCUUUAUGACACUAAAUUGGAUUAUGCAGGUUUCAGAGAUGAUGGAUUAUGGUGUUAGUUCCUUAACUUGGUACAGAGCUGGAAACUGACAAGGCCACGGAUAAUAGUCGGAGGAAUACAUCUGGCAGGUACACUGAGAAGUUUUAUAUUUUGGUAGCCUGACACUAUGAAGCAGUUAAGCGACCUAUAACUCUUCAUCAUGCAUUUUGUUACUGUCGGUUUCUUGAAACCCUUCUGAACCAACAUCCAUUUAAAAUGUGAGUGCUGCAAGCAUGUAGAAUAACACAAAAUGUUGUGGCAUAAUGAUGAAAUUUGAUUUAAAAGUCGAUAGAGUAUUUUUAAAAUGGCAUCAACAUUUGCUAUUUUUUCCUGCAAUAAAUUGGAAAAUCCAGAUGAAAAUACAAAAAUAUAAUCCAGCGUUUACAAUAUAGUCUAAACAAGGCCUCUUAAAGAAGCAAUGUUUAGUUAAAGUUCAUCUGUUUUUUGGUUGUGAUAAUCUCAAGAAAAAAUUGCAUAACUUUAUCUCAACAAACUUCAUCUCACCAUAACUAACUAAAAAAAUUAAAUUUGGAUAAUCUUGAUUUAUCCUGUAUUAUUUUAUAUAGCAAAUCGUAUCUGUCUUUGUUGCAUGUCAUUGAAACAUACAUUGUGUUGCCGUUUAAGAAAAAAAUUAUGUUAAUAAUUAGGAAUUAAACUGUAAUGCACUAUGAGUAUCUUGCUUUGCUUUACAAGAAUCCUGUAGCAAAUUUAUUUUUAUUUGGUAUCAUUUUAACUCAUUAACAGAUACUACAUUACUGUAAUUUAUUUUACUGCAGAGGUGUGCCAGUGGUGAGAAAUAAAGAUAGUUCCAGAUGUUGUUUUCUGCACCCUAGUUAAUUCCACAUGCCUUUAUGUGCAGAGAUGCUACAGAGGCAAUAAGUAGAAGAUGAAUUACCGUACUAUUGCCAGAGACAGUGCAGCUACUGCUCAACCAUGAAAAGAUCUCAAAGGUAAAAUGUUCGACAUAGUGUUAAGACAUUUUUACAAGAGAGAUUAUUAUUUUGAAACAUUUUAUACUAUACAAUUUUGCUAUCUCCCCUAAGUGAGCUUUGUGGCUUUGUCAAAUUCUAAAUUACUUAUAUUUUACUUAAAUUAAAAAAAAAAAAAGAAAACACGAUUGCCUUUUCCAUAAAUUUCCGGGCUUUCUGAAACAGCUAAUUUACAAAGAAGCAGUCCAUCAUACUCCUCAAAUAAUGGCCAUAUUUCAGCCUGUGGUUUGCCUUCCAAAUGAAGAUACUCUCAAAAA